AUGUCCAACCAAUUGAGCACCAAAUUCUAUAUAUUUCUAUAUACACUUAUAAUAUUGUAAUAUUAUGUCUACAAAACCAAGAAAGAACAAGUCGAGAUCUUCAAGAGCUGGACUCCAGUUUCCAGUUGGAAGAAUUCACAAGAUUUUGCGAAAAGGAAAUUAUGCGCCACGAAUUGGGAGCGGAGCACCGAUCUAUUUGGCAGCCGCAUUAGAAUAUCUAGCAGCAGAAAUUUUAGAACUAGCUGCCGAAGCGGCAACAGAUAAUCACAAGGCAAGAGUGAUACCAAGACACAUACUAUUCGCAGUCAGGAACGAUGAAGAACUUAACAAAAUGCUAUCAGGCGUCACGAUAUCGCAAGGAGGCGUGAUGCCGUCGAUAAACCCGAUUCUACUUCCGAAAAAGACUAUGAAAAGUGACAGUUGAAGAGGUAUGCGUUUUGCAGUUCCCUGGUGAAUGACAAGGUCCUGCGAAGCGAUUCUGUAGCACUUCGAAUCGAUAUCGAACCGUUUGGAAAGUAAAGGCAUUUGAUUUUAGUUCUCAGUUUUACGUUUAAAAGUAAUCGUAGCGAGUACGCGUUCGGCGCUCUGAAGGCUUAGUACGAGUUUAUUUUUCAUUUAAAGUAUUCGAAACGAGACGGCGUUUUGUGCUCUGAUUGGUUUGUUCAUUGGAGCCGACCAAUUACAGCGCUGAACGUGUACUCGUUACGUUUUCUUUUAAACGAAAAAGAAACUCGUACUAAGGCUUCUGAUUGGUUGGCUCUUUGGUGCCGGCCAAUCAGAGUGCGGAACGCGUAAUCGUUUCGAAUACUUUAAACGUAAAACAAACUCGUUCUAAGGCCUCUGUAUUCUGCCAAUAAUUAGUAUGAAGUCUCGAGUCUUAAAGUACAAAUAGAUCGGACUGAAUCGUCACCGUACCAUCAAUUUGGUACAGCGGUCCGAUGGUAUCUAUUGAAAAUGUGUAAAAAAUUGCAUUACCUACACACUAUCAAAUAUGGUCCGGAACGGAUAAGUGACGGUUCGGUUCGAUCGUCUAUUUGUGCUUUUACUACGCUUCGAUAGUACUAAUUCUUUAAAGAAAUUAAUGCGUUUCUUAUCAAUAUAGUUCUGUCGAGCUUCGAUAUCGAUUUCUUUCGUUACAGAAUCUCUCUACAGGAAUGCAAUGUUCUUUCUCUUUUUGUUUUUAAAAAACCAAAGUCUGUAAAGGACGGUUUACUUGUGAAUAAUUUAUUAAUUAUAGUAAUAAAUAUUUUUAAUUCUUA